AACCCGAGGGUCUUUCUGGACGUGUCCAUCAACGGGGGCGCGGCGUCGAGGAUGGAGUUUGUGCUGUACGCCACAGAGGCGCCGCGCGCGGCUGAGAACUUUCGCGCAAUGUGCACGGGAGAGAAGGGGGGUAAGCUCACCUUUUCCGGCAUGCGAUUCUACCGCAUCAUAGACCAGUUUAUCGACCAGGCGGGCGUCAACGGUUCGCGAGGAUUGCCCCCCUCCCUGUCCCACCACCUCGUGUGUGUGGAGAAGUUUUACCUCACCUUCCUUAGGCACGACCGCGCCGGGCUGCUCUCGGCGGCGAACUCGGGGCCCGACUCGAACUCGGGCCACUUUUCGGUGGUGGUCUCUCCCGCCCCGCACCUCGACGGCUCGUACACAAUCUUUGGCGAGGUGGUCUCGGGCCACGACACCAUGAUGGCGAUCAACAAGCUCUCCGCCAAGGAGAGCGCCACG